AAUGGCAAUUCAAUUUUUUCGACUCCAAAUUGAAGAGAAGUGUGAGUGAGAAGAGAGAUCAAUCAAGGAGCCGAUAACUAAAAGUCCUCAAGAUGUUUCAGUCUUCUUUUGAAACCUCUUGGCACCCUGACCUAUCGAAAAUAGAGAAAGCAAGAUUCUUAGCGCCACUUUUAGAGAAUCGAGAAAGUCACUUGAAGACAAACCUGGGAGACCUGUGCGUCCAGUUCAUAGAUUCUACUCUAGUACGCAUAUCUUUGGGAACAGCCAGUUCGGUGAACUACGGACUCGUUAGAGAAAACCUUGAUUCGAAAAUAACCAAUCCAUACUGGUAUUCCAGUAAUGAUCAGUGGGUAGCAGAGUCAGAGAGCCUUGCAAUUCAUAUCGAUCAAAAUUCGGGUUCGCUUUCGUUUUUCAAGGAUUCACAGCUUAGGAUAACCUCACCUCAAGACGCCUCUUUUGUAUCACCUCAUAGAAUCCCUCCUAUGGGUUUGGGCAUAUGGCAGAACAGAAGAUUUUGGUCAUUUGCUCUGGGAUUAGAAAGUGGAGAACCCAUUUAUGGACUAGGAGAGAAAUGGUCAUCCCUGAAUAAACGUGGACAGUGGAUCUCUUCAGAUAAUAGAGAUGCCGUUGGAGUAAAUGCAGAAUGGUCCUAUAAAAACUGUCCCUUUUUAUGGAGUACUAAGGGUUGGGGAAUCUUGUUUCAUACUCCUAAUAGAGUCUAUCAUGCAGUAGGCUACCCACAAUAUUCUCAUCGCUCCUAUAUAGGAUUCGUCGAGGAAGAUUCCGCAUUGGAUAUUUUCAUAUUUCUUGAAGAAAAUUGUGUGAAUAUUUUGCAAAAAUAUAGUUGGUUGACCGGAAAAACUCCUCAACUCCCUCUUUGGGGUUUGGGAAUUUGGAUUUCUCGUGCUUGGUAUAAAAAUGAACAAGAAAUAGUGGAAACUGCUACUCGAUUGCGUAAGAAGCAAUUUCCUUCGGAUGUUUUUCUAUUGGAUGGUCGAACAUGGUUGGACACGUUUACGAGAUUUGCGUUUGGAUGGGAUCCUUCUCGAUAUCCGAAUCCUGCUGCAUUGGUAGAAACAUUACAUCGUUUGAAUUUUCGAGUUGCUUGUUGGGAAUAUCCACUGAUUUCUAUUUAUCAUCCUUGGUUUGUUGAACUUGCAAGAAAGGAAUACUUGUUAAAAGAUAAGGCUAGUGGAGAAACCUUGAUAUAUGUUUGGCCACGAGGUCCUUUCUCUUCCAAGUUGCCCUCCUCUUCCAAAUAGUGGCAUUUUGGAUUUUACUAACCCUGAAGCGUAUAAAGUUUGGUGUGAAAGU